UCUUUCUUGUUGAUUGUUCGCCUCGUAUUGUUCUCUGUCGGGAUCUCAGUUUAUCUUUGCAUGUCUGGGUGGCACCUCUCAAGACUAUCUGGACCACCGAGACAAAGUUCAUGACAGGGUAAAGACACCACAAAGUACUCCAGGGCCCCUUUGUCAUGUUUUUGUCUAACACAGGGCGGACGAAGCGUUCAAUUGUAGAAGCCACUGAUAAAGUCAUAGAAGCUAGAUGAGGCUGCCGGGACACCUGAACAAGGUCAUGCCCUUGGGGAUGAAUGUAUCUCCGUCAUCGAUCACUAUCAUUGCCUGUUAUAGCGCGGCUUUGACCUUGACCUAUUAGGCAUGCGGACACAUUGUACACAGACAUUGUUCAUGCAGAGCAGAAAUGCCACCGGUUUCAAAACAGCAUAUAAGGGCCUCGAUACUUGCUCAGUUUCUCUCUAUCGACCUCUUCGCCGUCGGAACACUUACUAUCUUCUUCCACUCAAUUUACACGCCUGUAAUGCAAUUCUCACGCAUGGACAUCAUGGACGAGCAAAGGUUCGAUCCCACCAAAAAGACUACUUCCACUACCGCGCCACAAAGUGUUCUUGAUGAGGAAGUUGACCUCCCUUUGCGCAAGAAAAAAAGCACGGCCGAUAUUUUGGAUUCCCAAAGAUUCGACCCCACCAAAAAGACGUUGCAGCGGCAAGCCGAUUCGAGCAGCAAACCAUCUAACGGCUCCGACGAUCUCCCUCUCAGCGAUGAGUUUACUAUCAUCGACCCCCUGGAAGUACAGGCACCUGCCGCUUCGGUCGAUGCCACUGUCAUUCGGAAGGCCCUUAGGCGUGUUCUGUCGUUCGACAAUCCCUUGCCACCCCGCCCUUUCACCGCGAGCUCGACCGCUUCUUCCUCUAGGCCCUCUACCGCUGUGUCUACUCCUGAGUCUAUACUCUCGUCCUUGACCCAAACUGCUCAAGAUCCCAUCGAAUUCGAAUGCGAAGAUAUGAAUCCCGACAGAUGUAUCUCCACGAGAAUGAUCAUCCACCGGUCGCCGUCGAAACUCUCCUUCGACGCCCUGAGUUGCUGCUCUGGAAGCGCUUUUGAGAAAGAGGUCGCCGCAGAAGUGGAACGUGCUAAGGAAAGCAAAAACAUCUCUGUCUGGGUUAAUCAAGAGUCUUCUUCCACUGAAGAGUACUUCUGGACGUCCAACAUGCGGCACAGGAACAGGAACAGCGCUAUCCAGGUUGAAUCGCGAGUUGAGGCGGUUUAAUUUUGUGUCAACAUUGGCCUGGUUGAUGACCGUCUUCUCUGUCUUCAUGCACUUUAUCAUCCAUUCUUUCGCUCAUUUCUCAAGGCCUCUC